AUGAAGGCUCAGAUUCUUCAAACAUUAUAUCCUGUUGGCUCUAUUUAUACGUCAAUGAACUCAACAAAUCCAGAAACAGUUUUAGGUUUUGGUAUGUGGAAGCAGAUUGUAGAUAAAUUCUUAUACUGUGCUAGAUAUUCAAAGCAAACAGGAGGUUCGAAGAAAAUUAAAGAAGCAAACCUUCCACCGCACACUCAUACGGGAACUACAAACACAACAGGUAAUCAUUCACAUUCAAUAACAAAAAGAGGUUAUACAAAUCUUGCAGCAGGUUCGGAUAGACAGGGAAUGAAUAGAUAUGAUAUUUCAAGCGACCCAGUAGAUUCAAGCGCAGGUAUUUUCUGUGGAACCACAGGAAAUCAUUCACACACUUUCACAACAAAUCCAACAGGCUCGGGUGCAGAUUAUAUGCCACCAUUUGUGACUAUAUUCGCAUGGUACCGCGUUCAAUGA